AUGCGUCACCUCUUACCAACCCUCACCCUCCUCCCCAUCCUCACCUCCUCCCUCCCAACCACCCGCGAGCUCGCCCCCCUCCCACUCGUCAUCUGGCACGGCCUCGGCGAUGACUUCCAGCGCGACGGCAUGAAAGAAGUCGCGGCGCUCGCCGACACCACCAACCCCGGAACCUACGUGCACCUAAUCCACCUCGCCGACAGCGGCGCCGGCGACCGCCAAGCCAGCUUCAUCGGGGACGUGAACCUGCAAGUCGACACGGUCUGCGCCCAGCUGCAGGCCGACAACAUCCUCCGCACGGCACCGGGGAUCAACGCGCUCGGGUUCUCGCAAGGCGGCCAGUUCCUGCGCGCCUACGUCGAACGCUGCAACGACCCGCCCGUCCACAACCUCGUCACGCUGGGCAGCCAACACAACGGCAUCGCCGAGUUCCAGGCCUGCGGCGCAAGCGACUAUUUCUGCCGCGGUGGCGAGGCGCUGCUCCGGUGGGGUCGGUGGUCGAAGUUCGUGCAGGAGCGGCUCGUGCCGGCGCAAUACUUCCGCGACCCCGAGGAGCUGGAGGCGUAUCUCGAACAUAGCAAUUUCCUGGCGGACGUGAACAAUGAGCGGGAAUUGAAAAAUGUGACGUAUAAGGAGAAUCUGGCGCGGUUGAAUCGCUUCGCGAUGUACCUGUUCGAGGAGGAUCAGAUGGUGCACCCGAAGGAGAGUGCGUGGUUUGCGGAGGUGAAUGCCACGUCUGGGGAGGUGACGCCGUUGCGGGAACGGGAGAUCUACAAGCAGGAUUGGUUGGGGUUGAGGGAGUUGGAUGAGAAGGGGGCGUUGGAGUUCAAGACUGUUCCUGGGGGACAUAUGCAGUUGUCGGAGGAGGUGCUGACGAGGUUGUUUACGGAGUACUUUGCACCGGUGGAAGUCGGUGAUGUUAUUACAGUCGAGAGAGAGGAUCUUUAG